CAUCAGUGGUGAAAGCAGACAGCUUCUGCAUCAUCAGAGGGGUCUCAUUGUUCAAAGGUAUGAGUCAGAACAAGGUUAUAAAAAAUUCCAGGGCAUCAAUGUCAUAUGUACAAUUUUCCCAAGGACUCGGAUAAAUGCCCAUCAAUUAUCAAAACGCUUUGGGUGGAAUUGAUGACGCAGAGGGGCAAAAGGGCAUGUGGUUGAGCACCAUUUCAGGUCUAUGUGUGCGCGUGCCUGACUACACCACUGGUGCAAACUAUUGACUCUUGGUUGCCUGCCCAAAGGAAAUCUAAAAUACAAAGAUGUACUGUUUUUAAAGGGUUAAGUAGAGAGUGUUUUGCACAGGAGACAUUCCUGUUGCCUGCUCCAACAUGUGGGCGACCCUCGCAGCGUCAUGUCAGCUGUGAGCUCCCUGCUGAGAAGCCGCUCGGCUGGGAAGUUUCUGUCGAAGUAAGUCAACACUAGAGGAGGAGGACGCCACCCAGUCAGCCGCUCACAGCCACUGGAUCUCAUAGCUUGGACUUCUCCACGCACUUCACACGAUCACCGGGGAUUUUUUAGUUUUUUAAAUAAUUUUGUUACGCUUCCCCACCGCCGCCAGGGAUGGUUUGUGCCCUUUUGAUGCUUCGUCUUUUGCCUCUUUGGAAUUAACGUGAGGACAUGAAGGUGACCGUGUGUUUCGGUCGGACCCGGGUGGUUGUCCCGUGCGGGGAUGGGAAUAUUAAAGUGACCAGCCUCGUCGAACAAGCGGCCAUGAGGUACAAAAGGGCCAUCGCGAAGGACCCCAGCUACUGGGUCCAGGUCCACAGGUUGGAACACCGUGAUGGGGGAAUCCUUGACCUGGAUGAUGUCCUCAGUGAUGUGACAGAUGACAAAGACGUGUUGGUGGCUGUUUAUGAAGAGCAGGAUCCUCACAAUGGAGGCGACGGUACAAGCGCCAGCUCCACAGGCACUCAGAGUCCCGAGCCAUUUGCCGGAGAGCUGAGUUCAACAUCAGCCUUCCAGCCCUACCAAGCCAACAGCGAGAUUGAGGUCACCCCAUCUGCUUUGAGAUCAAACAUGCCUCUCCAUGUCCGUCGAAGUAGUGAUCCUUCCCUGGCUGGCCUUCCAGCUGGAGUAAUCCAACCUGGUAAAGAAGAACCAUCCAGAAAGGACCCGAGUCGCUGGUCCACAACUGCUGGCUUCCAAAAGUUUAACCACAAGCCACACACAAACCCUGGUACCAACAGCCUUGAACAAACGGGCAGGGGAGGCCAUGCCUACCGGAGUCUUCCACGAAAUGCAAGUGGCCGGACCACUCAGUUUCAAAGAGAGAUGACCAGAUCCUCCCUAAGUGCAAACCACCCAAUGGUGGACCGUUGGCUUGAUCGACAAGAACAGGAGGAGGAAGAGGUGAGGCGAACACAUGAACAAAGAAUUGAAAGGAUAGAGCCAGUAGGAAGAGCUGACUCCUCAUUGGACCAUUCACCAGUGUUAAGUCUCGAGGCCAUGCUCAAGCCAGUUGAGGUGUCCAAUAAAGGAGGGCCCCUGGGGAUCCACGUAGUUCCAUUCAGUUCACAAGAUGUCAGGACCCAGGGAUUGCUAGUCAAGCGUCUGGAGCAUGGAGGCAAGGCAGAGCAGGAGCAUCUCUUCCAGGAGAAUGAUUGUAUUGUCAGAAUAAACCAGGGAGAUAUACGUAAUCUUCGCUUUGAACAAGCCCAGAACAUUUUCAAGCAGGCGAUGGCUUCCUCCGUCAUCCUCUUUCAUGUGGUCCCGGCUGCCAUGAAAAGGCAGUACGAGUUACUUGCAGGCAAGAGUGAACUCAGCUCACCUAAUUCCAGCAGAGUUCGCUUCAGCCAAGACUCUCUGCAUUCGGGUGACAGGACGAGCCUGGUCGCGGGUCGAACCUCCAGUCAACAGGGGUCACUGACAGGGAGCACUCCAGAGCCAAGACGGAGAUAUGGCACACCAGCACAAUCUUUGGUAUCUAGUACCUCAUCCACAGCCUCCUCCUCCCUUCAGCGCAGAAUAAGCACAACGCAGUCCAACAGCUCCUAUGUUAAAGGCAAAGGCCACAGGUUCAAGAUUCAGUUGAAGAAAGGUCCAGAAGGUCUUGGGUUCAGCAUUACUUCCAGAGAUGUUCCUGUUGCUGGCAGUGCUCCUAUUUAUGUUAAAAACAUUCUCCCUCGGGGGGCAGCCAUCCAAGAUGGGAGACUAAAAGCUGGAGACCGUCUCCUGGAGGUCGGUGGAGUAGAUUUGAUUGGUAAAACUCAAGAAGAGGUGGUGGCUCUGCUCCGAGCUGCACCUAUGGGUGGGACCGUCAUUCUGUUGGUGAGUCGCCAGGAGGACCCUCUGCUGCCUCGAGAAGUGCAACUGGGGGAUGAUGACCUGGUGUUGACCCCUGAUGGUACACGGGAGUUCCUGACCUUUGAGAUCCCACUCAAUGACUCUGGUUCGGCGGGCCUGGGGGUCAGUGUCAAGGGUAAUAGAUCCAAGGAGAGCCACGCUGACUUGGGCAUAUUUGUCAAAUCCAUUAUCAAUGGAGGUGCUGCUAGCAAGGAUGGGCGUCUACGCAUAAAUGACCAACUCAUCGCAGUCAAUGGGGAGUCGUUGCUUGGGAAUACCAAUCAGGAAGCAAUGGAAACACUCCGCAAGUCUAUGUCAGUCGAAGGCAACAAACGAGGAAUGAUCCAGCUCAUAGUAGCCCGACGGAUGGCCCAAAACGCAGAGGAAGUACUUCGCAGCCCACCUAUGCGGGGCCAUCUUGUAAAACCUGCCAGCCUUCAGGAUAACCAUGAGCGGCGGAUCUCCCACUCCCUGUAUGAAACCAUUGAGGGCUUUGACAUUGUCUCCACACCACUAGCAAAUUCAGUUGGACGCAUUGGUAAAUACCAGCUCUCUCCCACUGUGAACAUGCCGCAGGAUGACAUUGUGUUGAUAGAAGAUGACAGGCCGCCCCUGCUUCCUGUCCACUUCUCGGACCAAUCAUCUUCGAGCUCUCACGAUGACUUGGGAUUCCUGGGAGAGAACCCGGUACCCUGGAUCCAUGAGCUACCCAGUCAGAAUGAAUGCUCACUGAGUCCUGAUGCGGACCCGGAUGGUUCUUUUCAAAGGGAGGGCUUCGCCCGCCAGAGUAUGUCGGAAAAGCGCACCAAGCAGUAUGAAAAUGCCGCUCAGCUGGACAUCAUCAAGUCACGCAAGUCUAAGAGCAUGGAUCUCGUAGCUGAUGAGAUUAACAGCAGUGCGAGAACCAAUGGAGGUUCUUCAGGACUAAAUGUCGGACCCUCGCUGGGCCUAAAAAAGUCCAGUUCCCUUGAAAGCCUCCACACAGCUCUUGCUGCAGCAACACGGAAUGGUGAGAUUAAUGUCAACAGGCCACGCUCUCGAAUCAUCAGGGGCCGAGGUUGCAAUGACAGUUUCAGAGCAGCAAUCGAUAAAUCUUACGACAAACCAGGCAUUAAUCUACCUGAGGAUGAAAACAGUAUGGAUACAUUGGACGAGGACACAGAGGGAAGUUCCCGAUCAGGUCAGGAUUCAAUGUCCACCAGUGGUGACCUCUUCAUUGGCCCCAGUCUCAAUGGCAAAGAAGACAGGCUGAAAGAUCGGGAGAAGGUAGAAAAGAAGAAGCCUGAACGGGAUAAAGAGAAGGAGAAAGACAAGGACAAGAACAAAGCAAAGAAAGGUGUACUGAAGGGCCUUGGUGAAAUGUUCAGGUUUGGGAAACAUCGUAGUAAUGAUCAACCCGCAGACAGAGUGGAGAGGAGGGCGUCCAGUAAAUCUAAAGCUGAAGAUGUGCAUGCAUCUGAUGAGGAGACUCAGCAGAUGAGGCUUGAACAAGAGAGAAUACAGGCCAAGAUGCGUGAGCUCCGGGAGAAGCAGGCAAAGGAGCGGGAAUAUGCUGAAAUUCAAGAUAUCAUCAGCCACUCCACCUUGAGCUCGGACGAAGAGCACACCUAUGCUGGCAUCGGAUCUUGGGACUCGCCAGUGGACAGCAGCACCAUUGAGCCUUACAGCACUCACCACCAGUACAAUCUCCCUCAGGUUCACCAGGGCCCUCACCCUUCCUCCAAUCCUCCGAACAACAACCCACCUCAAGAGGCACUGUAUGCUCAGGUCAACAAACCUCGCAAUGGACGCCCUGCAUCUUCUGACAGCAGUCAGACGGCUCCAAGUAACCAUGACCGGAUACAAAGGCUGAGGCACGAGUUCCAGCAGGCAAAGCAGGACGAUGACAUGGAGGACUAUCAACAAUCCUGCAGCUUGGAUCAGUCUUGGUCUAGUAACGCGAUGGAGAUGCAGAGUGGGCGCAAUUCGGUAACCAUGGAGUCUCAAAUCCAAAAGCAGCACCAGGAGGAUCGAGACAGUUUUCGUCAAGCACAGAGGCAAUAUAGUUCUCUGCCAUGGCCGCCACGUAAGAAUUCGAGCACCAUCUCCCAAGACACAUGGGACAAGGCCUACCCACCAGCAGAUGGCUUUCAGGGUGGCAAGGACAACCCACGCCACUCUGGCAGCCACGGAUCACAUAACGGCUACCUGGGAACUUCCAGCUUUAACGCUCGCGUCCUCUUGGAGACUCAGGAGUUGCUGAGACAGGAGCAGAGACGCAGAGAGCAGGAGGCCAUCAAUGUCAGUCUACCUCCUGAACAGGGACCCUCUAGCAGCAGUAGUAGAGACCAUGAUCCACCCAAACCCAAAGGUCCCUACAGACAGGACGUUCCCCCGUCCCCAACUCAACUAGCCAGGCUCAGUCGGCUUCAUCAGGGCUCAGAGAAAGGGAAUCAGUUUUAUUCCUGAAACCAACAAAGGCAAGGGACAUAUCGGAAAAUUAGGACGGAUUUUAUAGAACAUUCAUUUAAAAAAAAAAAAAGUGAGCAAGGAGUCCAAAUGCUGUGAUAUUAAAGAAUUUUAUUCAAGUAUUGAUAUUUAAUUUUUUAAUGACAUGAACAAUAUUAAUUUUAGCUGUAUGUAAAAUAAUGAGUUAUAAUAUUUUCUUAUCAAGCAAAUGUACAUAAGUGCCUAUUUUUCCAUUACUGUCCUGGUGUACCAGCUUUGGGUUUUUGGAUAUUUUAAGGAGAAGUUACAACAAGGCAGCAUGGUGGGCGACUGGUUACAGCAGCUGCCUCACAUUUCUGAGGACUGGGGUUCAAUCCCCGACCCCGCCUGUGUGGAGUUUGCAUGUUCUCCCCGUGCCUGCGUGGGGUUUCUCCGGGCACUCCGGUUUCCUCCCACAUCCCAAAAUACCACAUGCAUGGUAGGUUAAUUGAAGACUCUAAAUUGCCCGUAGGUGUGAAUGUGAGUGCGAAUGGUUGUUUGUUUCUGUGUGCCCUGCGAUUGGCUGGUACUCCGCCUCCUGCCCGAUGAUAGCUGGGAUAGGCUUCAGCACUCCCGUGACCCUUGUGAGGACAAAGCGGCUCAGAAAAUGGAUGGAUGGAAGUUACAACAAAAUGCUGGCUUUUUACAUAGCAACCCAAAUGAGUUUGCCAAUGUGAUCUAACUGGGUAUGUAGAUGUUUUAGCGUGUUUGUGUGACCUAAGAAAUCCAUGCUUGGGUAUGCACCACGAAUCAACCAAAAGUUAUAUUCCUUUCAUCUUCUUUUUCUCUUUACACUGUCUCCUGCACCAGACUGCAAAAAAAAGAAAAGAAACAGAUUUAGAGCUAUAGUAUUUUAACCCUCUCUGACCUACCCAGGGAUUCCAGCUUUAUAAAUUGAGUCAGGUCAGGGUUAUUAAUUAAUGUUCCUCAUUAAAAAUGAAUGCAGCCCUUUUGUAUUCGUUUUUGUUGUCAUGUUUUUGCGGGGAGCAAGAAAAAGCAACCUUGCUGGCAAGGUUUCAGCCCCGGCCUUGUCCAGAAUGAUUGGCAUGCAAGUGAAGCCUGCUGGCCCUGAAGUGUCAGAGCUGUUCCUUGCUGAAUAUUUUAUCAGAAUGGUCACAUGGAACUGCAACAGCUCUAUAGUGGAAGGCCUCAGUCUGAAAUAAGUCUAUUUUAUCGGCUGUUUUGGUUUCCCCUCCAUGAUUAUGUCGAUUGAUGGAUCUCCGUUUGGCUGUUUUUAGCAUUCUAUCAGUAAUUUGUGAUGAAUUGUUUCACUGUGGGUGUGAGUGUGUGUUCUGCUCUUUCACUAGUACGACUAUGAUGGCUUUUAAAAAAAAUAAAACCAAUGAAUAAUAAUUUGAAGCAGAUGUUGACUACAAUAUUACAACACAAUCAUGGUUUUUCUCGCAAUAUUUUUUUAAAAAUGAUGUGCAUGACAAAUCAUUUUCCCCUUCGCUAUGUCUCUUUAUCACAACAAUCUAACAUUUAUUACAUUAUGAAUGUAAUUUUUGUUUCAUUCAUAAAAAAAAUGUAAUCUUAAUAAAUCACAGGCAGUUUAAGCCAUGGGUGGCAAAUCAUUUACGCAUUUGUCAUCCAUGCUUCUUCACAAGUGUUGCUAAGUACAAUGCUUACUAUAGUGUUAGCGUGGAAUGUUGAAUGCAUAGUUUGAACAUUUUAGAGUCUGUGAUUGCUCACAGUUGCUAAAUACUACAAUAUGUCAAUGAAUAUGUCUUGGCAUCCUUACCGUAUGAAGCGUUUGGCUCCAGAUUUGGAGAAAAGGAAAAGUGUAGGAGGAUAACAAGAUGGGAGCUCUGACCUUGUCGAUGAUUCAGUCAGAGGAGUAAUCGCAAGUAUUCCUCUGAUUUUCUGUUAGAAACUCAAGGUUAUACCUUUCUCUUUGUUGCUGUUUCAGCUAUUCAUCCGUUUUUCCACGUUGGAUGUCUUUCUGGUCAGAAUGUGUGUGCGCUGUAUGGGUUAAAUUGGCUGUGAUAAUGUGUUGCAUAGCACACUGAGAAAGGGCUAAAGCACGUGUAAAUAUACCAUUAUCCUUAUAUGCAAAUCCCCUGAUAAUAUGUGUUUAUUAUUUGCCUCUGUGAUAUUGUUUUGGGGGAAAAUCUUCCAAUCAGUGCAAAAUAUAUUGUUACAGUUCAGUUGUUUAUGAUCAUCCUUUAUUUUGUUCCAUUAUAUACAGUACAUAUGGUACUAUGGUGGUAUAAAAAUGUGUAAACAUAGUAUCCUCCUUGUUAUAAGAGAAUAUGAUUAAGACCUGAUUGUUUCUGCUCUUUUGUGUACAUGCAAUAAAGCAUUUUUUAAGCAAAGA